AUGAAGGCUGCAGAACGACCCUCACAAUCAUCAUGGAUGAAAAAGACGCGGGUACGUUCUCAUGCAUUUAUCAUUGAACCUGCUAUAAGAAAAAAAUAUGCGGACGUUUUAAAAACGACCCGCAAUACUGUCAAUCCUGAUCAAAUGGCGGUUACAGUUAAAGGAAUUAGGGAAACGAGAAACGGUGAGGUACUUGUCGAAAUGGGUGCAAGUGUGGAGGCCAGGAAUAUGUUCAGUGAGGCCCUAACAGCAGCGGUAUGGCAGGAUGGGCAGGUGCGGCAACUUGUCCUGCAAGACAGCCUGGACGUGAGGGAUUUGGAUGAUGCAACUGACGAGCAGGAGGUGAGGAAGGCCCUAGAGAAAUUACCGGGGCUAGUGAAUGUUGGGGAAUUUAAAAUUAACUUAUCGAAACCAAGUCGAUGGAGCACUAGGGUGGCUUUCAUUGAUUGCUAUGAAAUCAAUGCUAAGAAGCUUGACGUGUUGGGACAUAUCCGAAUUGGGUGGGUUAGUUGUAAAAUAAGCCGCAGGUUUGUAGUAACGCGCUGCUAUCGCUGCCAUGGCUUUGGCCAUAUUGCGGUAUCCUGCAAGGAGAAGGACAGAUCCAAAUCGUGUUUGAAGUGUGGUAAGAAGGGGCAUAUGUCCCCGUCUUGCAAGGAGGAACCUCAUUGUUAUUUAUGCGAGGAGCGCUUAGGUAGCAAUUCAAGGAGUGACCAUAUACCGGGAUCCUUUAGGUGCUUGGUGUAUAAAGAGCACUGUGGGAUUAAUCAAUAA